AGGAAAACGAAACCUAACUGAAUAUAGGCUCUCACAGUCACAACAGGGGACAACAAUCAACAGAUUAGUACAACGACACUAAAAAGAUGGAACGAGGAAAAGGAGGGACUCAGAGGACUAUGUUCCUGUUGACACUCUGUCUGCAAGCCUUCACUGGUCAAUGCCAAGUUUCAGGGCAGCUCUCUGACCUCAGGAUAGUUCUGGUGGGGAAGACUGGAUCAGGGAAGAGUGCAACAGGAAACACCAUCCUGGGAAAAAAGGUGUUUAAAGUGGAGGCUUCUCCAGUGUCUGUGACUGCACAGACUGAGAAACAGAGUGGAGUGGUGAAUGGGAGGAAGAUUGAUGUCAUCGACACCCCGGGACUCUAUGACACAACAAUGUCUCAAGAAGAGAUGAAAAGUGAAAUAGAAAAGGCCAUCUACAUGUCAGUCCCAGGACCCCACGCCUUCCUGCUGGUGAUCAGACUGGGGAGGUUCACAGAGGAGGAGAGGAACACUGUUAUGUGGAUCCAGGAGAACUUUGGAGAAGAAGCCUCAAUGUACACCAUCUUGCUGUUCACAUAUGGAGAUCAACUGGAGGGUAAAUCAGUGGAGGAGUUUCUGGCUGAGAGCAAAGAGUUACGGAAACUCAUCAAUAUCUGUGGGGGCAGAUAUCACUCCCUAAAUAAUGACAAGAGAAAAGACAACACUCAGGUCCCAGAGCUGCUGAAGAAGAUAGAGGAGAUGGUGGAGAAGAAUGGAGGACAACACUACACCAAUGAGAUGUACCAGGAGGUCCAGAGGAAGAUCGAAGAAGAGAAGGAGAGGAAGAGACAGGAAAAUGAGAAGAGAGAGAGAGAGAGGAGACAGGAAGAGGAAGAAAGAAGAAGAAGAGAAGAGAAAUUGAAUGACUGCAAGUGGUCAGCGCUUGCCAGUACGGCUGCAUUGGGUUUGGGAGCCAUGUUCAGCUCUCCAUGGUCGUUAGCAGCAGGGGCUGCAUUAGCCGCUGUUAAAGGUUAUGAAUGCAUGGGCACCUAUUUCACCUCAGAAGACCAGAAGAAAUAAAAUUUCCACAUCCACCAUCUCAGAUUGUUUUGAAAUGAAGAUUAAUUCUUGUGUUAUAUAAUAAAAAUAUAAUUUGAUCUCUGAGAAAUUAAUCACAUUUAUUGCGCCCAAAUUUGACAUUUUAAUUGAUAGGAUUCAUAUACUAUUAAAUAAAUA